AUGGCUGACGAUCUCGCCCUGGCUCAAUGCCCUAUUUCUGAUGAAGACACGGUUGUGUAUAUUUUAACACAACUAGGGGAUGAGUACAGCUCCAUCGUAUCUGUCGUUCGUAUUCGUGACAAACCCAUUUCUUUGGAAGAAUUAGCCGAUGCGCUCAUGGAUCAUAAACGUCAGUUGGCUGAAGUCGAUGAUGCUCGCCAAUCUCUUUUGGCUACUGCUAAUGCCUCCCAGCGUGGUCCUUCGGCUUCUCGAAGUAGCCAGCAUUCCACUCCCGAUCGGAGGUCCCGCAACAACACCAACAACACGUAUGGCAAUAAUCGACCGAAUUGGUUGCACAACAGCAACACUCGAUCUGGUGUUGUGUGUCAAUUCUGUCACAUUGCUGGCCAUGAGACUCGUGUUUGCCGUAAGUUAGCCCGGUUUUUAAAGGCCUAUAAUGUGUUUCCCGUGCUGGCUCCUACAUAA